AGGAGUUUACGGCAUCAGACGCUAGUUUGCGGCAGCAGGAGGCUCCGCAGAAAAACCGAGGAGGAGAGACGGGGGAAAAUGUCUGCGGUUCCCGACGGGAAGAAACUCGUCCGGAGCCCGAGCGGCCUCCGCAUGGUCCCGGAAAACGGUGCCUUCAACAGCCCCUUCUCCCUGGACGAGCCGCAGUGGGUCCCGGAUAAAGAGUGCCCGAGAUGCAUGCAGUGUGACACAAAGUUCGACUUCAUCAGAAGAAAGCACCACUGUCGGCGAUGCGGCCGCUGCUUCUGCGACAAAUGCUGCAGCAAGAAGGUGGCGCUGCCGCGCAUGUGCUUCGUGGACCCGGUGCGACAGUGCGCCGAGUGCAGCCUGCUCUCGCAGAAAGAGUCCGAGUUCUACGACAGGCAGCUCAGAGUUCUCCUGGGAGGAGGCACCUUCGUCGUCACUUUGGGGACGUCAGAGAAGUCUGAGACUAUGACGUGUCGUCUCUCCAACAACCACAGGUACCUGUUCCUGGACGGUGAGAGUCACUUUGAGAUCGAGUUGUCUCGGAUUUCCAGUAUUCAGAUUUUAACAGACGGGACCAGUCCAGGAGAGAAUGACAUUCACACUUACACCAGUCUGCUGGACAGUCACUGUUUCUCUGAAGGAGGGACGUCGCGGGCUAGCGGUAUGCUCCUCCAUUACAAACCCAUGGGUUCCCAGGAUGCCGAGCAGCUGCGAAUGGAGGCGACGGAGGACAAGAAGGUGGCCUCGUUGUGGUUGGCCGCGAUGCACAAGGCGGCCAAGCUGCUGUACGAAGCUCGGGACCAGUGACGACCCGGAUCGACCUCCAGGUGGCAGCACACACCCAAGUGUUUCGUACCCGUCUCCACGGGCUUUGGUAUCGUUUUGGAUUUUAUUAACGCCAGUUCCUUCUCCUCCGUCUGAUUCCUCGUCGGUUCUUGAUACCGGUUCUUAUCACGGUAAAUUUUUUGCAAGAAACGUUUCUAUAAAACAAAGAAAACACUUUAUUACCUCUAUAACCAGUACUUUAUACAUCAUGUUUACCGCUAGUAGGCUGAGCUGAUCUUUGUUAUUAUUAUCUUUUCAAUUUGAUUUAAUGCAUUAAUCAGGAAACGCAGCGUUUACUUUUACUUUUACACAUGAAUUAUGUUGGUUUUUUUGUUUCUCCACAAAAAAAGUGUUCAAUUAUUUUAAACGCUGCUGUUUCAUUUCCUGUUUUCAUUCCUGAGACACUUUAUAAAUUACUGUCGGUCGGCUGAACAGAACCAAGUAUCUUCCAGAUAGACGCUUAAAGUACAAAUCCACCUUAAAACCCUUUAACGCAGACGAGAAGCAGCUAUUUGUGGUUUAAUUUGCAUGUCAGGACCCUUUUCUGUUGCUUUAAUUUCCGAUAAUCCCAUUAAAAAAAAAACAGGAAAUUAAAACCGAAGAGACCAGGAGGAGCCAGAAAAACUUUUCUUUUUCUGUAUAAAAUGAGCAACAGAUGCAGUAUUUUAUGGGAGAUUUUCUAAUCAAAAUGUGAAAAUGAUGAAAAAAAAAAAAAAUCAUAAGCUGAAACUACAGUUUGACGUUUAUGAGACUUUAGUGUGAAGUUGAUAAAACGUUGAGCAGACGAGCUGAGAUACGUUUACACGGUGGAUGAGGUGAUGAUGGAUUAAUUGUUUACAUGCACAUGUGCAGGAAAUAGAACAGAAGAAGAAGAUUUUUUUUUUAUCUCCUCCAUGUUUAUCUUCAACCGUUUAAUUGGUUUAGUAGAAGAAGAAGACAUCUCAAUGUCUCUUGUAUUUGGUAUUUAUAGAAACUGAAGCAGCUUAAAAGUCCGAUAUUUCCCUCAGGAGAGCAAACAAUGGACCUAAGUGUAAAUUAAAGGUGAGGGAACAUCACAUCCUCUACGUGGUCUUUAAUUAAAGCCGUUUAGUGGGACUGUGGAAUAUUUUUUUUAAAAAGCACAAUUAACCCUAUUUCCAGUGUGGUUGUAGUAACGUGUUUUAACCAGCAGGGGGCAGUAAUGGCAACUUUCUGGGAAAUGUCGGAUUCUCGAAGCUGCAGCAGAAGCAACCAAACGGUUCCUGAAGCGCAAAGAACGUCACAGAUUUCUGUCGGGUUUUAUACAAAAGCGACUUGAUUCGGUGGAUUUUUGCUUUAAGAGACGCGUCGUCGUCUUUGUUUCCUGUUCUGCUUCACGUAUUUACACGUUUAAAUCCUCUAAGGAAACUUUUCACAGACUAUUCACUGAUUCUAGUGAAGCUUAAAUAAUAAUAAAACGCUUUAAGUGUAGUUUCACGUAUGGGAAGUUUUUGUACGAGCUGUUUUGUUAAAUAUCCUACUUCUUCAACAGCGAAGCGUCUGCGUACUUACAUAUAUUUUUUGUAACAGUUUUUCCUAAACAGAGUCAGAUAAUUAAAGUUUUUUUUUAUUCAGAGCCACAAACCAACAAAAACAAAAGUGGAAAAGUUGAGAUGAUAAUAAUCUUCACUUCCUUUGCAGCCAAAUCAUCCCCUGAUCAGCAUUUACUUAAAGUUGAACAGUCUUCUGAAAGUUUGUGCUGCUUUCCUCUAUCAGCCAUAACAUUAUGACCACUACAGCCACUACAAGGACUCUGGUUUUCAGACCAGAACCACCUUCUUCCUCCGUGUCUCCCUGGUUCUGGAUCUGAUGUGUCCAUCGUAGGAGCUUUCAUCAGAGGUCAGAGGUCGUCAUGGACCCCCUGACUGAUCCUUUAUAUCAGAACCAGAACCAGAACCAGCUGUCUCUGGUUCUUCUCCUUCCUUGGAUCAAUCCCUUCUUCCUCCUCUUCCUCCUCUUCCUCCUCUUCCGUCUCUUGGACGAUACCGACCAGUGCUGCAGUUUCUGGGAGAUGUUCUGAUCCAAACAUGUAGACGUUACAGUUUCCUGCUUCCUGCCUGGUCAUAAUAUUAUGGCUGAUCAGUGUGUGUGUGUAUAAAUACAAGUUGCCUCCUGGUUUUUCCAAGAGGAUUUUCUGUAUUUAAGAAGAACAAACUGGAGGAAAACGCCACCAAAUUCAUCUUUAAUUGAUUUUUUUUUAUUUUAAAACAUUUUUAUAUUUAUUGGAUUUAAUUAGUUGUGUGAUUUUGACACAAAAGCUACAUUUUGUAUUAUUAUUAUUUAAUUUCCUUUCAAGUGUUCAAGCCUGAACGUUAUAAAAGCAAAGAAGAAGCUUCAGUUCCACACUCGAUGUUUAACUUUAGCUCAGAAGUUUGAAUUGACUGCAAUUAAUUUGCCGGCGUCUGUUCGUCUUCGUUUGUUUCUAAGAAUUUAAAAGCUGUUUAGUGAAGAGCUGUUUGACCAAGAACUUUAUUUUUAUACGCUGCUUCGCCGAAGAGUCGACUAGUUCACUAGUUUGGUCGGAGAAGGAUUAGAAGAUAUUUGUGGUCACGCUUCACUUUAUUUGUUUUUCUCCCCCUGAACAGCUGUUUGUGAUGAAGGCGGAUGUGAGGGGCUGCACAGACGCCAACGUAAAAUUAUAUAAAUAUAUAUAUUUUUUAUUAUUUACUACUUUAAUUCUUCCAUUUUCUGUCUGUCGGCCGCACGUCUGGCUUCGUGUUGGAUUUGAUGUGGUCUCACUGUGCAGCCCCUUCAUUUAUAAUCUAUUCAGAAGUUUGUCUGUUGUAAGUUUGCACUACAUGUAAAAUCACCAAGUUAUUAUUCAGCCACUGCUUCGUUUAUUCCGCUGAACAUGCUGCGAACUUUUGUUGGAUUAUUCUGUUGAGAAUAAAAACCAAGUGUUUAUACA